UUCGUAGAAAAAAGAAAAAAAAGAAAGAAAAGAAAACGAAUGGCAGCAGAACAGAUAGUGUUGUCAUCAACAAUGUCUUGCUUAACUACUCCUGCUUCUUCUUCCCCUUCUCGUCUCCCUCCAUUUUCUUCAUCAACAAAAUCCAGAGUUUCUUUACUCUCCACUUCAUCUCCUUCUUCUUCUGUUACUUCUCUUAGAUCUUCCACUUUUUAUUCUUCUCCUCUUCCUUCUCUCUCCAUCCAUCAUCAAAGGAGGUCAUCAUUGACUCAUGUAACCAAGACAGGAGCAGCAGUAGUGAAUCCAACAUGCUUUGCAUCAGAUCCCGAUCAGUUGAAAAGUGCAAGAGAAGAUAUCAAACAACUUCUCAAGACUACUUUCUGUCAUCCAAUCAUGAUUCGUUUGGGAUGGCAUGAUGCUGGUACUUAUAACAAGGAUGUUCAAGAGUUUCCACAAAGAGGUGGAGCUAAUGGAAGUUUGCGUUUCGAUGUAGAACUGAAACAUGGAGCUAAUGCUGGUCUUGUUAAUGCAUUGAAGCUACUUCAGCCUAUUAAAGAAAAGUAUCCAGGCGUUACAUAUGCGGAUUUGUUCCAAUUGGCCAGUGCUACUGCUAUUGAGGACGCUGGAGGGCCUAAGAUUCCCAUGAAGUAUGGACGAGUGGAUGUCUCAGUACCGGACGAAUGUCCAGAAGAAGGAAGGCUUCCAGAUGCUGGUCCUCCUUCACCUGCUGAUCAUCUUCGUAAAGUCUUCUAUAGAAUGGGACUAAAUGACAAGGAGAUUGUCGCAUUGUCUGGCGCACACACUCUGGGGAGGUCUAGACCAGAACGAAGUGGUUGGGGAAAGCCAGAAACAAAAUAUACGAAAGAUGGACCAGGGGCACCAGGAGGUCAAUCAUGGACUGCUGAGUGGUUGAAGUUUGAUAAUUCUUAUUUUAAGGAUAUCAAAGAGAAAAGGGACGAGGAUUUGCUGGUUUUGCCCACUGAUGCUGCUCUAUUUGAUGAUCCAUCAUUCAAGGUAUAUGCUGAGAAAUAUGCAACAAAUCAGGAGGAGUUUUUCAAGGACUACGCUGAAGCCCAUGCAAAGCUCAGCAAUCAGGGUGCACAAUUCAACCCUCCCGAGGGUUUCUCAAUAGAAGAUGGCUCGCCAAAUCCUAAAGCAGAGAAAUUCGUGGCAUCCAAAUACUCAUCUGGAAAGGGUUAAGAAACAAGAAUCAUGUUUUAGUUGCCGUUUGUUUUUAAUAACACACAGAAGAAGCUAUUUCCAAACACACUGAACACACUCUUACACAAAACUUGGAAGUCAAAAACUGGAGAAUAAGGAAUAAAUUUCAAUGAAAUGUUGCAUAUUUUUGCAGAGAGAGCUUUCUGACUCAAUGAAGCAGAAGAUUAGAGCAGAGUAUGAAGGGUUUGGUGGCAGCCCAGAUAAGCCUCUUAAAACAAACUACUUUUUAAAUAUUAUAAUUAUCAUCUCUGUUUUAGCUAUUUUAACAUCUCUUCUUGGGAACUAAAGUUUGUUUUCUUAGCUUCUUUAUACAAGUCUUGAUUUUGACAUUGGCUUUUCAAUUUUACUGUGCAUAUUUGUUUGAGGUAAUACGCAAUGGAAAUAGAGAUUUGUUUCCAUAAGACUUCAUACGCAAUGGAAAUAGAGAUUUGUUUCCGUAA